UACAAAUAGCAGAGGACUUCUCAGCACAGCAGAAGUAACACUAACCUCUCCAAACAAGACAGAAGUGCUCUCAGCCAGCCGGAGUAGAGACCAACUUCUUUGGAUAUUACAUAAAGUUCUCAAUCUCCCAAAAGAGACUCAAAGCUUUAAGAGGCUCACUCUUUCACCGUAAGAGCUGUACAACUGCGUUGUGUUCCCGGCAGCUUGAGGUUUGUGCAUAGCGCCAUGGUCACCCACAGCAAGUUUGACAACGCAAUGAGCAGCAGCCUGUUUGAUGCAAGCAUGCGGCUGCCGUCUCACCAUUACAAGACCUUCAGCUCGAAGCUGCAGUUCCAGAUGGUGCAGCAAGCCGUCAGGAUGCUCCAGGAGAGCGGCUUCUACUGGGGCUCCAUCAGCGGCAAAGAGGCCAAUCACUUGUUGAACUCGGAACCUAGCGGGACCUUUCUGGUCCGAGACAGCUCAGACAACCGGCACUUCUUCACGCUCAGCGUCAAGACCGAGUCGGGCACCAAGAACCUACGGGUGCAGUGCGACAACAAGUCCUUCUUCCUUCAGACGGACUCCAAGAACAUGCAGUCCGUGCCUCGCUUCGACUGCGUGCUGAAGCUCGUCCAUCACUACAUGCCCUUGUCCAGAAGCUCUCUGUCCAUCGGGAGCUCGAGGAACUCAUACUACAUAUACACGGCGGGCGAGAAGAUCCCUCUGGAGCUGUUGAGACCCCUUCCUUGCAUCAUGUCCUCCCUGCAGCAUCUCUGCAGGAAGACUGUCAAUGGACAUAUAGACGUUUCCAGCAAAAGAGAGCAGCUGCCCCAACAGCUGAAAGACUUCUUACAAGAGUAUGAUGCUCCCAUUUAAAGAGUUGUGGCCAGCGAAGAAACAAGAAGUGGUGAGGGAGCUAAAGCUAGGUGUAAUGCGAGGUAAAGCUUGUUGGACCAAGAAGUAUUGAGCUGUUCAUGAGUACAUGGAGUUUUCCAAUCAACCCUGUGCGGUCAUGAGUACUAUCACUGAUGCAUUCUUAUGCAACUGAUCUUGAAGCAUCGAUCUUGCCGUAACAGUCUCGAUGAAUGGACGUUUUGUACUGUUUUCCCGUACCAGUGCCAGUAUCGUAACCCACUCUGUGGGCACCAAUCACUGCCUUUGCACUGUCCCGAAUCUGUGAGCUCCGCCAAGCAGGGAGAUAGCGAGCCAUUUAACAGAAGUCAGCCGCCGCCUGCUUCCAAGUAAAUAUUUGUGCCUUUCAGCAGAAAAAGGAAGAUGUCAGUUACAGCACAGCACUGUGGCAUAGUGAACAUGCCACUGAGAAAUGCCUUCUGGAGUCAGGACUGAACACAGAUCGAGAUGGACACAUGUCGAUAUUCUGCUUGUACUUGAAAGAGUGACACUUUGGAACAAAAUGUCUGUGUUUUUUUAGUGGUUCGUGUCCGAAGCAGUUCAAAGCAGACUGCUCGUUCUUGAAUGUAUUAACACACGUGAGUGUUUUGUGUCUACCGAUCACCCAUGUUUUACCUUGUCACACAUGAUGCUGUUUACAUACAUGAAGAUUAUGAAUUUAGAUCGGUUAUCUUUUGUGAAGACAUCUCAACCAUGUUUUGAUGUUACAUAUUUAUAUUUAUGAAAGCAAGAAAACAUUUCAGUAAUUUAUUAAAGAGCGAUAUUUUUGUAAAAAUGAACUCGAUGUCUCUGGGUUUUUCAUUUCUUAGACUGUUUUACCUCAGAUUCACACUAAUUCAGAAUAAUUCAAAAUGUAGAUGAAUCAGAAUUGGCGGCGCCUAUGAUUCAGAUUCCCGGAGUGUCCUUGCCUGGAAGGGAUAAAGUUGAUUCAGAGAUAUUCACUUUGGUGAGCGGGAAUGUUCCCCCCACCCCUCGCUCUCUGACAAGGCUCUUCCAGUAAGACUUUGACUGAUAUGAGGAAGCUCGGGAUAACAGUUCAUGUUUUAAACAGUAUUUAAGAGAACAACCUUGGACAAUAAAAGAGAGUUAAUAUUUAGCAUGUGGGAACAAAUGAGUGGAUUACAUGAGAGAAGAAAAAAUAACUAAUUGUGUCUGUGAAUGAUAAUAAAGUUACAUUUUCUGUGAGUUUA